GACGGAUUCUUUUUUGGCAAUCCAUCUUUGGACUGUGAAUUUGUGUCGCAGCCUCGAAUCUACUCUAUUUUUUCUUCCCUUGAGACCGACGUUACCAACCUAAUCAAUCACAUUGCACCAGAUGUUGAUUUUACUGUAGUUGGCCAUCAGCCUUUAGCAGGACACUAUCAUGACUUGAAGCACUUCUAUGUUAACGCGCUAUACCGACUCAACAACUGCAUAAGGCUAAAGUAUCCUGAUGAGUACCGUAUCGAGCUUCAGUACAUCACGGGUGGUUGCGACCAAAAGUGGAGUGUUCAGGAGGUUUUGUUUAGUGGACGGGCAAAUAAUGGCGAGAACUGGUCGAUGGUGAACGUCUGGAUCACUCGGUGGGAACAUGAUAAAAUGGUCGAGAUUCGAACUUAUGUCGACGCAGCGCGGGUAACAGAACUACUUCACGAUAAUGAAGUGUGGUCCAACUCAUCGACGCAUUCAGACCAUACUACGUUUCUUCCGGGACCACGAGGAAUGCCCCAAACAUCGGCGCUAGAGUCUCUUCUAGCGAAAAUAGGAUAUUAG